CACAGCCCUAACCGGCCUCGCCGCGAGACUGCGAAUAUCUGCAUACAACCUACCCCCGACUGACCGUCUAGGAUCCCACCGGGCCUGAUGCUGGUCAGAGUUUCUAGAACCAGUCCUACUACACCCACACGGUAACGGAGUACUGGAACGGAGUCAACGCUGAGGAUCGACCAGCGUGCGCCUUCUUCCCUGCCAACGCGCAACAAGUCGCCGUGGCGGUGCAGCAGCUUAACCAGCAUGCAUCCGCUCCCCUUGCACUCAAAUCGGGUGGUCAUAAUUUCAAUGUCGGAUUCUCCAGCACCAAAGAAGGCGUCUAGAUCUCCUACCACGAGAAUCUAUCUUCUACCACCGGAAACCCUGACGGCCAGACCUUCGACGUCGGGCCUGGAGCUCGAUGGGGAGAUGUCUACGCCGUGGCUGAGAAGACCAAUCAAGUGCUUGUCGGGGGUCGACUUGCCAAUAUCGGAGUCACUGGCUUCACUCUCGGUGGCAGAUUGUCCUAAUACUCUGCUCAAUACGUAUGGCUUAACCUGCGACAACGUCGUCAACUUCGAAGUGGUUCUCCUUAAUGCGACGAUCGUCAACGCCAACCGCACCUGCCACCCAGAUCUGUGGUGGGCGCUCCGCGGCGGCGGCAACCUAUUCGGCAUCGUCACCAGGUCCACCUUCCAAGCCCACCCACUGGAAGACAGCGGCAAGGGCUGGGGCGGCAUCCGGGUCUACACGGCGGACAAACGGCAGGCCAUCUUCGAAGCCCUGGCGACGUUCAUCCGCGACUAUCCGGACGCCAAAGCUGCGGUGAUCCCCACCUUCGACUCCGGGCUGCCCGGCGCGCUGAUCUCCAACCCGAUGCUCUUCUUCUUCUACGACGGCAGCACCCCCAGCGAGGGCGCCUGCGCGGGGCUGGAAGCCAUCGAGGCCCUCCUCGACGGCACCAAGACGACAACCUACACUGACCUGGCUAACCAGGCCGGCGGAGCCAAGAUCUACGGUAUCAAGGCCGCCGCCCGCGUCAACACCUUCCCCAACCUCAACCCCCAUAACAUGUCCUCCCUGCUCGAGGCCCACUGGUCCACCUACCAGUUCAUCAUUAAGAACGAUGCCAGUCGCAACAUCGAUAUUCAGAUUGGGACGUUCAGGCUCCAGCCGCUUUCGGUGCGGAUUGCUAGGGUCUCGCAGGAGCGCGGCGGGAAUGCGCUUGGCCUUAACCCUGACCACGGCGAUCGCUUUUUCGGUUGAGAAUAAUCUCAUUUGGAUUAAUUCGCACUGUAACGAGGCGUGUCCCGGGUACUUGCGGAAGGUUGCGGAUCAGGUUAAUUUUGUGUUUAAUGACACGCUGCGGGGAUCGAAGCCUAAGAAUCAUAAAGGCGGGAGAUGUGGAUCUCGUGUCUGUGAAUCCGCUGUUCAUGAACGACGCAGCGGACUAUCAGGAUG